AUUUUUUUUGCAAGCUUGUGGCGGCGCGUAAAAACACACGCCACCUACGCUGCAUUGCAAGGGAAGCUCGUCGCAGCGCUGCGCUGCGAUAACGAGUCCGGCCGGAAGCUGCGCGUUGCUUGGCAAAAGCCACGUAACCGCAAAAGCCAACACAGCCAAAAAACGCGAAAAAAAUAAUUGAGUCCCUACGCGGCGGGCAUAGCUCGCCAGCGGCAAAAUUGCGGAGUACUCCUUACAAACGAGUGACAUGCACCGCAACUUCGAGGCCAUGAACAUCGGCAAGGAGCCGCCGGACGACAACGGCAAAGCCCCCAGACCCAUGAAGACGUACGCGGCCGGCGCGCUCGCCGCCGCGGCCGUGCUCGCUCUCUUCAGUCUCGUGGCGGGGUCCGAGUCCAUCGCGUCGCUGGGCGGCGACGCCCAGGAGAAGUGGAACGACGUGCCCUGCCCGGCGGGCGUAGAGGUGCCCAAGGUCGACGCCAACAGUAGAGUCCUGGUGACGGGCGGCGCGGGCUUUAUUGGCAUGUCGCUCAUGGCUUCGCUCGGCAAGCGCGACGCCAAGACGAAGCCCGCCGUCGUCAUCGGCAUCGAUUCCUUCAACGACUACUACGCGCCGGCCAUGAAGCGCGGGCGGGCGCAGCGCCUCAAGACGGAGUUCGGCUACGACGUCAUCGAGGCGGAUGUGUGUGACACGGCGGUCAUCGACAAGCUCUUCGAGCAGCACCGCUUCACGCACGUCGUGCACCUCGCGGCCCAGGCCGGCGUGCGCUACUCGAUCACGCAUCCCAUGACCUACGUGCACAACAACUACGAGUGUGUCGUGUCGCUCUUGGAUUACGUGGCGCACAAGAAGCCCCAGCCGGCUUAUGUUUAUGCUUCCAGCUCGAGUGUCUACGGCCUCAACAAGAAGAUCCCAUUCAGUGAAUUGCAUGCGAUUGACCAUCCAGCGAAUUUAUAUGGUACAUCUAAGUUCGGAAACGAGCAGAUCGCCGCGGCCUACCACAACAUCCACGGUUUGAAAUCGGUGGGACUCCGCUUCUUCACGGUCUACGGGCCCUGGGGCCGGCCGGACAUGGCCGUGUCGUUGUUCACGAACAAGAUCGAGAACGGCGAGACCAUUACGUUGUUCAAUGGAGGCGAGAUGUGGCGCGACUUCACGUUUGUGGAUGAUAUUGUGCAGGGCAUCGAACUGUCGAUGGAGUACUGCUCUGAUAAUGCGGCCGUCUUCAACCUCGGCAACUCGAAGCCGGUCAAGCUCGGCUACUUCCUCGAGCAGAUCGAGAAGCGGUUGGGCGUCAAGGCCAAGUUCAAGUACCAAGCCUCGAACGCCGAGAUCAAGGAGACGUACGCCGACGUCAGCAAGGCCCACGAGCUCCUGGGCUACCAGCCGACGACGAGCAUCGAGUCGGGCCUCGACCAGUUCAUGGCGUGGUACAAGAAGCUCGACAAGCGGACGCGCGACGAGUGGGCGGGGGGGCGCUUCAAGGCGGGACGCAUGCGCCGCCGCUAGGCCCUCUUCCUUCUCCCCUGUGCUAACUCGACUGAUGUUAUA